CAAAUGUCUGGAAUGGCAGGCUCGAGGUGGAAACGAACUUGUGGUAUUGGAAGGACGCUGCGCAUUAAGCCCGCCUUGCAGAUUGUUACGUUUGGAAUGAGCUAGCACAAUGACAGGAACGUGGAUGUAAAAGCUUCAGACUUGAACCACGCCGAACAGGACAACAUAAAGUGGAACAAUCUCACUCCAAGAUGAGCUGUGUGGAUUUUAUGUACCAGUUCUAUUCACCAUACUUUUCUUACAAAUCUACGGCAGACGACACGCAGAAAUAUGGGUCGCAGCCAUCAAUCUACGAUUCCGGCAUCACUGGGCCAGGCCCCAGCAACUUUUUGGACAACGGUCUUCUCCCGGAAAAGGAAAGUCGGGACCUUGACAAGUCGUCCCAGCCCAAGUCCACUCACUACUUGACCUCCAACUGUGUCCUGCUGACUUAUUUCAGCGGGGAGACGGCGGCGGUGGUGGACGAGCACUUCUCACGGGCCCUUAGUCAACCCAGCAGCUACACAAUAGACAAAACAUUACCCAACAAUAAACUGUACACCUCAAGAGCCGACACGCCACUGAUGUGCCACAGAAAACUUCCACCUUCCUUCUGGAACUCCAGCUACCAGCCUUCCUGCAGCAACAACAGCAACAGCUUCUCCUCCCUGGGCGCCGACGCCUACUUCCAGUCCUCCCUGUACAACCUUCACAAAACCUGGCCCUACCAUUACAGUCCACAGCCCCACAGCUACCCAGCUCACCAGAGUGCACUGGCCUACCCCGGCAUGGACACCCCAGGCAGGCUGACAUCUCACUAUGGGUCACUCAUGAUGCCAGGCCCGUCGCUGUCUGCUAGAAUGGGAGAAUCCAGACAUCACGGUCAGUACGAGUGGACCAAAUCGUCAGACACAUUCUCUGGCUACUACGGCAUGGGCCGUUUUGGUAGCGAAAUGGAGACUAGUUUACCAGGUUUAGAUCUACCUUUACAGCAAGCAAAGAAAGAACAUUAUUGGUGAAUUAACUGGAAUCCUAUUGUGAACCCUUUACAUUAUCACUAGUGAACCAUUGUAAACAUUACACACAGGAAGGAUUUUAACUCACUAGAGAAGGUAUCGAGACAGAACUGAUACAAUCCAUUUACUGAUCCGAUACAUCGACACUAGUGAGUUAUUUCGCCAAUUCACGGAGAAAUCAAAAGAGUUUGGUACAUUGCUCCAAAAAUUGUUAUCAGUGAAAGUGUUCUUAAAUCAAGGAACCCAGUCGUCCUUCGGAUAUUUUCUGUGUCUCCAGAAAACUUCGUUUCAAUCAAAAACCCCAAUGCUGGUGGAUGCCAUAUUAUAGAAUACACACUUAUUGGAUGUACGGCAGAUUGCAUAAAGAGCAUUCUGCAGCUCUAUGCAUAACGGUGAAUAGGUAUCUCUAUGUCUUCUGUGUCAGUGAAGAUGGGCCAUUACAAUGACAGGCCAGACCCAGCUUACGUCUGCUCAAGUUUCACAAUGCUCUGACAUGAUAUCAGGAACUUGGAUAGUUUACAAUUCUUUCUCGAAGCAUCUGGGAAGUUGACCAAAAAAGGCAGUGUAAUACAUUUGUACUCGUGAUAGAGAUCAUUUGAUUUGCUGGAUAGUAUGACAGUCUAUUGGAAAGAGUGGGUUUAACUGUGCGUCUGGUUGAUUGUUGGAUGAACUGUUUAAAUUGUUAAACUGUCUGGAAGUGAUUAAACGUUCUCUUUACCUCUCUCUUGAUCCCCAUCUCUCUCUAUUUAUGGUAAUAUUCACUUUCAUCUAUUCUCUUUAUUUUCUGAGACUUUUUGUCAGUCAUAAAAGAAGAAACUUUAAAACUCAAAAACAUAUUUUGAAAAAAUAACUUUAUUUUGUUAGCAUUAGUAUUGUAUCAUUACAAUCCUAUAGAUAAUCCAGUACAUAUUCUUUUGUUUACUUGUUAAUUUUCUUUAGAAAUACAGCUUGGUGAAGUCUCCUUUAUUUAACAGUUUGAAAGUGUCUAGGUCUAAGUCUAGGUCUAAGUCUAAGUCUAAGUCUAGGUCUAUGUCUAAGUCUAGGUCUAGGUCGACGAUGUCUUCAAUGUCUCUCGUUGGGCUUCCUUAGUCUUGAUGUCUUGUCAUGUCUUGACAAUAUUUUGAUUCAUCUUGAAACCAAAUGUUGAAACCAAAUGUUGAUCUUAAGCCAUCAUGUUCUAUUACCUGUCUAAUGCUGUAUGACCUAUGUAUGUUCAGCUGUCCAAUGUAUUUAAUAUUAAUGGUCUUAACGCUAUACUCUAACUACUGCCCCUGGAAAUGUUUGUACCAAUAAAUAAAUGGCAAUGUCUUCGAUUCCCAGUUGCGACCUGCACUUGUAUAAAAUGUAGAAUUAAAGAGACUUAAAAAAUGCUCUCCAUUUGAUUUGUUGUCAUGGAAAUGAGUGUAUCAUCAUGUGUUCUACGUCAAUUCCAGUGAACCUUGGUCAGUAUUAUAAUGUUAUUCAUGUAAAUAGUUAAUUCAAAUUUCUUGCCAUUACACAAUAAAGACUAAACUUGACUAAAGUAUUUUCA